GAGAGUCCCUUUUUCUCCUCUAAGAUGUAGCGACAAUCAUGGGUUCUUUGUUCAGUCCUUCAAGUUCACCUUCAUUUCAUGGCGUUAGUGUGUAAAAUAUGACUAUUGCCAAGAUGAGGAGCCUCAGCUUUCUACCAAUUUGUUUGUUUUUAUUACUGGUCGUCACUCUUGUCACAACCUAUACUAUUGCUGUCCUCAGAGGAGAUGUGGAAGUUUUUUUUCCAUAUAUAAGUGAUACUGGAGGGAAGCCGCCGGAAAGCUGCAUUUUCGGUCAGUUUGUGAAUGUGGCUUGUGUACUAUUACUUGCUACACUUUACGUUCGUUUCAAAGAAGUGGAUACCAUAGCGGGCCUUCCUUCGACGCAGAUCAAUGGACUCAACAAAGUCAGUGCCGUGCUCGGAGUCGCAGCAACACUAGGGAUGAGUGUGGUCGCAAACUUCCAGGACACCAACGUAUUUGUGGUGCAUCGUAUCGGCGCCUACACCUUGUUUGUCUGCAUGACUCUUUAUUCCAUGCUACACACAAUGAUCACCUAUCUACUAUGCCCAGAGUACAGCAAACCGCUCGUUGGCAUGGUUCGUCUCUUGCUGUCGUUGUUGAUGUUCUUCACCAUGGCUACAUGCUUUACAACGUCUUCUGUAGCCUCGGCAGAAUGGAUGAACCACCAUAACCCAAAUGACACCGAGUUCUUCUGGAAACCAACCGAUGGGGGUUAUGACUUCCAUAUAGCGAGUACAAUGUGCGAAUGGGCACUGGCCGUCUCCUUCGCAUUGUUCUGUCUCACCUUUGUCAGCGAGUUCCGACACAUCAGCCUAGGCAUCAACAUGUUUCUUCACACGGAGUCGUUCAGCGCUGUCGGGCUCGGAAAUGAUAUCCAGCCGAAUGAGCGGACCAGACUAUUUGUAUGAAAAAGGUGUCUAUGGCCCUUUUAAAACCAUGAUUUCUGCUUUGGAUUCGGCUUCAGGCUUUGUUCUCUUGUCUGAAGCUCUGAAUGCUUACGCAAAGCACGCGCUAAUUGUCAAAACAACCGCAGGGCCAAGCUAGCCUGAGCCGAAUUUGGAGCCGAAGCUGUGGAUUUGAAAAGGGACCUAGUUUUGAUAUGCCGAAUGGCCAAGCGCACCUGACUUAAGCUUGGGGUCUAACUUCUUUGAGUUGCUUAAGGUUUAAGUUUAAAAAGAGGCUAAGAUAGGACACAUAUUUUUUAUCCAUACAUAGUAUGUUUUGAGACUUUGAAAUGGGAAAAAAAAAA